AAUGAUAAGGAUUUUUUUUACAUGUACUUCGAUAAAAUAUAAUUAUGUGUAUUUCAUGACAGCUGUUCUGAAAUCUUUAAAGACAGAAAAGGAAAAAAAAACAUUGAGAUAUAUUAAAUAAUUAUAUUAAUUUAUUGACCUGUCCGCAGACUUUAACACUCUGACAUACUGAAAGGGUAUGUCGAUAUCAAUGCCUAUGCAAUGACUUAAAAAAGAACAUAAAUCCGUAUUAUUUAACUUAGCAGUUUAAUUUUUAAUUAAUUUAAGAUUUAUAUAUAACGUUAAGUGGAAACACGUUAAAUCGACAACCCCCCUUUGAAUUUUUGGUAUACAGUUAUGUUAAACAUAAACAAAAUUUGAACUAUUGUAUCUGAAUAACAGAAUUAAGAUAUUUACAUUACGUGAUAAUUUGGUAAAAUUGGAAAUUAAAUGAUUUUUAAUUUGUCGGAAAUCUUCUAAGGAUUAUGGUUUACAAUUACCUUGUAUACAUUGUUGAUAGUUCUCAGCUGGGUACACACAUCCAGGGGCGGAACGAGCAUAUUAAAGCAGAAUGGGCAGCGCAUUAAUUUCAAUGUAUUCAUUUAGCAGUUUUGCUCUUCUUUAAGUAACUUAAGAACAGAAAAUUCUAAAUGUGUAAUAUUCUGUUGAACUCUCGCUGUUUUUUAUUUUUUUUUUUUGUUUUUAAAUUAUGGCAACAACUAAGGUGGGGCUUCCAUGGCGGAGUGGUUAAGGUCGUUUACCUCUGUGGGUUCCAGCCCUUCAGGCUCGGAUCGUCAUGUCGGAACCCAGCCAGCUUGCGCGUGAAAUAUCGAAAGUUCACCCCAGGUGCCCGCCCUUACCUAAAAUACAGUAAAGAAGAUCACCAGAGAUCGUUCAACCUCAUUUAAAGCUGGAAAAGUCUCUAUAUGGUCUAACCUGUGUCCGUCGGUUAAACUUAAAACCAAACAACCAAACAAAAAUCACUGCAUCAAUUAAAAGCCCUUGAUCCUAGAUUUUACUGAAUGCUGGCUACGCCCCUGUCUAGCUCUUAAAGUGGCACUGGUAUUAGAAUUAUUCUCGUGUGAUACUUCAAAUGUAUAUAAGAACUUAAUUUUAAACAGAAAGAUUCUAUUUAAUUAAGAGUUAAAUUUUCAACCGUGUUGCGUGCUAAUUGAUCAGUUAAUUGAAUAUUUAAAGCGUGUUCAAAUAAUUUAUAAAAUAUGGAUAGUUUAGUAGUUUAGGUUAACAUGGACAAUUGGUCCGUUACACGUAAAGGACCACUAAAAUACUUCGGUGAGAGAAAACACUGUAAUUAUGUCAUUCAUGUUCAUUUAGUGUGCAUUUGUAAAAAAAAAAAAAAGACGAUUCUUUGUUGAAGUCAGAUGUCUUUCACUUUCUGCUGUUUUUUAGUUUUUUUAUUAAAACGCUGGUCUGCAAUGUGUGAACCUUUUUAACAUUACGAAUCACACUUAAUAUGGACAAAAUCAUGUCUUUCUUUCAUUACCUUUGAUUGUCUGAUUUUUAUGUCAUGAAUAAUUUUGAAAUGUUUACAUUCUACAUAUUUUGCCGUAUGCAAUGAAAAACUUACGAAAAUACAAAAAAAUUAUUAAAGACUAACUAUCACGAUAAUUAUUGAUUUAUUAACGAUCUUAAGGCGAUAGUUAGUGAUGAUACCUAUUUAAUGAUGGACGUCCGAUUUUGGAUAGGUAAGGACAGCAGGACAAUGCAAAUAAUUGAGAUUGUUUAUUUUAUUACAUCUUUAUUAUACGAGGAAUGUGUUGAAAGUAUACAUUACUGCAGAGAUAACAAUCUUUUAUUUUGUUUAAAGAUGACCUCUGGAUUCCAAAGUCAUCAUUUAUCUGAUUCGAUCUUUUUAGUUUAAAACUGCAAAAUGUACAUGUAAGAUGAAACACGGAUCAGAAUCAAUUUUGUGAUGAUGAUGUACAUAAAAUGAUAGUGAUCGUGUACUCGACUUUUCAUGUUUCAUUAAAACAUGUAACUAUUUUAUGACUAAAGUUGCAUGAAUUUUUAAUAAUCUGAUCUUGAAACGAAGAUCAUUAACUAGUGUAUUCAAAAAUAAAAUCUGAAGGGAGCGGAAAUUCAUUUUAACGGAAUAGAUAUGUACUAAAAAAAUUUGUUAAUGGAAAUUAAUUAUAAGUUAUUUGGAAUGGUGUGUGAUACUUAUCAAUGGCAUGCAUCGUGCCAUGAAUCUUUAUUGUGUGUCAGUAAUUCCCAGCAAGAAGGAAUUUACCAAUGUCGGAUUUGAAAAAUACGGUCGCGCUCAUGUGAAAUUACCGCAUCUAGACUAGAGCUGCAGAAACAAUAUGGUGGCUUUGAGUCUCGGGACGUUUGUAGUUGCGUGCGCAUGUGCAACUCUUGGACUGAUGAUCUCUCUUAGUUUUCUUGUCUUUCAUAUCUACCAUCGACAGAAUAAAAUUGUAAAGAUGUCUAGUCCAUACAUGAACAUGGUCACAAGUUCUGGCGCCAUGUUACUGAGUGCUGUCUGCUUUUUGUACGGCCUUGACUUCAUUCUAGAACAGAGACAAUGGACGCGUACAGUAAUGUGUCAGGUUCGUGUGUGGGUUAUAGUUACUUCCAUCACUCUUAUACUCGGGCCACUAUGCACCAAGGCGUGGAGGGUUCAUAGCAUCUUUAAAUAUGGUUUUGCCAAAAAAGUGGUAAUAAAAGAUUCAAAACUUCUAACCAUCAUAGGCGGCCUUCUGUUAGUCGAUGUGACACUGUUGUCACUGUGGCAGACCAUUGACCCUGUGUCUUCUAAAACAAAGAUUUUUGCUGAAACGGUUAUCGAAAAUGAAAAUUUCGCCGUAAAGAUGUUCAAUAACACGGAAAGUAUUCAAGAAUGUACUUGUGAAAAACUCCCAGUAUGGGUUAUCGUUUUAACUUUAUGGAAGAUAACUCUGAUGAUCUCUUGUCUGAUAUUUGGUUGGAAAACAAAGGCAGUUACCGUCCCUUGCCUUAAUGACGCUGCCAACACGUUUGCCGCAAUAUUUGUUAGUAUUAUUAUAACUUUCUGUGCCAUCAUGACAAUCACGUCACUCCGUCGGAACCCGGAUGCAUCGCAUAUAAUAGUGACAAUGGCGAUUGCGACUUGCAUCAUCCUGUUUCAGAUUAUUUUAUUCUUGCCAAAGGUACAAUACUGGUGGAAAACGCCCGACGAUACUUCUCCAAGAAUUUCGACAGCGUCUUUGAGAGAAAUAGCUAGUGCCGAUAUCCCGCCUUUCCAUUUAGGGGACGAGAACGCAAACACUUACCCUGACGACGGACUUCUCAAUAUCGUAGAGGAAAAUAAGGCACUAAAGGAAUCAUUACUCGAGAAAGAAGGGAUGAUAACGGCGUUACAAAGCCACUUAGACCACGCCAAAGAGAAAUUAACCAAGCUUCCGACUGACUUGGAAACAAAAGAGGGCAUUCCUCCAGAUUUAGAUGCAUCUUCGGGUAUUUACGACAUAUUACGAUCACCCGAGCAACUUCCGGAUAGAAGUGGACUCUAUCGUGUUGAAGGAACUCCAAGAAGUGCGCAAAGCGAGGAAAUCAAUGACGUUACCGGAAGUCAAAAUGAAUCGGAUGAUCCUCGACAUCACAAUAAUUUGAAAUACGUAGAGUCUCAAAGUUUUCAAAGUAUUGACAGUAGACGAAGUUUUGUAGCUGAAUUUACUGAUAUAAGAAAUUCUAUUGAGACUGAACUUGACAGUGCUACAUUCAUCAAUUCGGAUCUACGUAAUUCCUUGUCGGCGGAUAUGGAGAGGCCGUACAGCGAAACAGAGUGGCUAUAUGAAUCAAAUGCGGCACCUGAGCUUGCAGGGUCGAUUGUUCAAUCAUACAAUCUUGGUGAUAACCAAGAAACGUUUUCUUUCAUUCAGUCACGUCUACCGCGGGAAAACAGUGUAUUUCAAGUUAAACGGUCUCGUCGAUCGAGUAUAUCGUCGGCAAUGUCAAUGCCGUCGUCGGAAAAUGUAUCUACCAGAAGUGCUGAAGUAGACAAUGUUUCGUUUGAAGUCACUCCUUCAAUGUCACGUGACUCGGCAACUCCAAACUCUCAGCAACACGCGGCCAUUCUGAGAUACUAUUCUUACAGACAUUUGGAUGAUGGGUUUAAACGCUUUCAGACGUACCGUGUAAAUAGGGACGUUCGACCGCCUAGUUUUAAAUUUAAAUUCCGGCGAAAUAUGCCAAAUAACUCUUUCAGAACUAGGGGCUCAGCCUCUGUAAAUGCAAAGGUGCAGGAAAACGCACCUGCAAUAUACUCCGUGCCAAACAUUAUUCAAAAGCCCCCAAGAGUGUUUAAAAACGCGGACUGGCCAAAAGAUUCUUUUGUCUAAAUUAUCCAAUGAUUUCAUAAAAGAAUGCAAUUAAUAGGGCAAUGAUCUCCAUAUACUAUUUGUGAUAUUUGUUAUGAUUUGAAAUUUAUUAAAUAAAAUGUAUCAUCAA